AGCUUUGAUUACUUUGAGGAAAACCCAACCAACAUCAUCUCCUUUGUCAACAAACCAUCUUCUCCAAGAAAGAAAGCAAAGGAAGAAAAAGGGAAGAAAAAGAAGACUCAUCAACACCUGGUCUUUGCUUUGCUUUGCUUUCCAUCUAAGACCUUAGAUUGCUGCUUUUCCACCCCUGUUUGCCUCUUCAAGAAAGGUCCUUGAUAAGAACUCACUUCAAACUUCCAUUCUCCUUGUGCUACCCAAUUUCAGAUUCUAUCCAAUAGCCCACGAAGGAUUUCAUCAUGAUUUAAGAGCCAAGCCAUCAGAUACAAGAACAGCUCUCAGGUACACAAUUCUCUUCUAUUUCUGCUUGCUAGUUACAUGAUAUAAUUUUUCUUUUCACUAAGCAAGAAGUUGAUGAACCAAUAUGAUUUUGUCAUCAUAAUUGCUUUUCAAGGUCCAAAGUUUCUUUUUGGUUUAAUUUGAUUUCUCAAAGUGGGUGAACUUACCUACAUGACGAUCUACAUCUUCAGAAAAUUUCCCUUGAUAAAUAAACUACUGCUUGCUUAGUGGAUAGAGAAAUAUGUAAUAACUGCAAGUGGAAUUAGUACCACAGAGCCAAUACAGGUUGGCCAUGGGAUCUGUUGGCAGUCCACAAACAUGGGUUCCAUAUGGUAACAUUAAAGACUGUUCUCAAGGUUUUUGUAGCUCAUAUUGCCCACAGUGGUGCUACAUCAUCUUUCCUCCUCCUCCUCCCUAUGAAUUCCCAGAUGAAGCCUCAAAUCCUAACUUCUCUCCUCUAGUUAUUGCAAUCAUUGGCAUUUUAGCCAGUGCUUUCCUUCUUGCAAGCUACUAUAUCCUCAUCUCUAAGUACUGUGGUAGGAAUAAUGUGGAAUCACUAAGAAGAACAGGAAACCAUGAUCCAAGUGAAGAGUUUGAUGAGAACCGUGAUUCGAUGAAUAAUGAAUCAUGGCAAGCCUCUACAGAGGGAUUAGAUGAGACCCUGAUCAAGUCCAUUACAGUGUGCAAGUAUAAUAAGGGAGAUGGGUUGGUUAAAGAAACAGAUUGCUCUGUCUGUCUCAAUGAAUUUCAAGAAGAGGAAAGGCUAAGAUUGUUACCCAAGUGUAGCCAUGCCUUUCACCUUACUUGCAUUGAUACAUGGCUAAGAGUCCACUCUAAUUGCCCCCUUUGUCGUGCAAAUAUCGUGAUAGCGAAUCCAUUGCCACUUCAGUUACUGUCUCCAGUCCAUGAAAGUCCUCCAGAAGACGUGCCUUUGACAGAAAGGCGCCGAGAAAACAACGAUGCAGUAGUUGCUGAAGAAGUUUCAGAAAGGGGCGAUGGAGAAGAGGAUAGCGAGGGGAGAGAUGCUGUUCCAAAGAGCCCUUUACGGGGUUCGAGUGAUUUGGGGCAAUUGGAGGGGAGGGACACUAUAAUUGAGAUUAGAGACGAAAGAUUUCAAUAUAAUAGACGAUCGGUUUCGAUGGAUUACUCAUGCCAAAGUCAGAUCUCCACUGCUGAUAUACUUGGGAUGAGUGAGGAUGAUGACUCUGAACUAGAGGAUAAUCAGUUUCAAACGGAUGUCGGAUCAUUAAAACUGCGAGGUGAACAUAGCAAGUCUAACAAUAAAAGCAGGCCCUUGCAUUGUGUUAUGAGUCCCAUUGCCAUGAAGAGAUCAUUUUCAAGUGGGAGGUUGUUUUUCACAAGGCAUGGAAGAGGGAGGAAUACAAUGAUUCCCAUGUGAAAUAUUUCUAUUGUAUGAAAGAGAACAGUAUAGUGAAACAGAAGAAUUGUUUUAAUUGCUAAAAUCAUAACAAAAAUAACAAAAGGAGAGGUCUUGGGAGUGGAAACAUCAGAAUGAUGGAAGUACUUGGUGUGAAUAUCUUAAUUAUAUGAACAGAGUUUGUGUUCUUACAUGGUUAAUUGGAGUGUUGGAAUUCUGUUUAAUAAGCAAUGAGUAGAGAGAUCCCUUUAGGCUUCUCAAAUAUGGGGGUCCCUUUGGUUGUAGUUUUGUUCUUCUCUUUGUGGCGUAGCUGACCCAAAUGGGGUUUGGGUGCAGUGGCUUCAUUCCAUGUUACGGUGAUAUUUUUCUUCUUUUCUUUCACUCCUUUCCUACUCCCCAAUUAUCUACCACUUAAUGUAAUAGUUUCUUGUUAAUUAGAUUUGGGGAUGCCAUUGCAUCUGAUCGAGUAAAUGAUGAUGGAACUGGUCUCA